AUGUCGCCUCUGAAUCACACACCGAAGUCGGCGAGUAAGAAAAAAGGCAAGAAGGAGGAAGAGAUGGAUGACGUCAAGACCCUCAUCUAUCAGCGUGGCCAAAUCAAGAGGAAGGUCACAAUGAUCAACCAAACCCUGGAGGAAGCAGAGGACGAUCCGACGAAGAUUACGCCAUCACUGCUGAAGGUCUUUGCGAAGAGGCUGGAGCUGCACUACCAGGAGUACGAAGCAGCUCACCGAGAAGUGCUGGAUGCUACACCGCCGUCCAAAUUCGAGGAGCAGGGUGAAAUGCAGAUGGCCUUCGACAUGCUGCAUAUCGAAGCGACGGAUCGACUCGAGCGGCUCUCCACAAAGCUGACUGCCGGUGGUGCUCCUGCAAUGGCAACCGGCAACCCACAGGUCAUCAUCCAGCAACAACCGUUGCGAGCUCCGAUUCCCAGCUUCGAUGGGAAAGUGGAGAAUUGGCCGAAGUUCCGAGCGAUGUUUGAGGACAUCGUCGUGCGCAGCAAUGAAUCCGACGCCAUGAAGCUGCACCAUCUGGACAAGGCCCUGAUCAGCGAAGCGUCCGGAUGGAUUACUGCAAAGAUGAUCCAGGAGAAUAACUUCCAGCAAACCUGGAAGCAGCUUCAAGACCAAUUCGAAAAUCCUCGUGUGAUCGUUGACACCCAUCUGGCGGGUCUCUUGGAGCUGAAGCCGAUUGCGAAGAGGAACCACAAGGACCUGCUGGAGCUGGUCAAGGCGGUCAACCGGCACAUCGGAGGACUAGAGUACCAAGGCGUUAAGGUCGACGCGAUGUCUGGUCUCUUGCUGACAAAGAUCGUCACGGCCCGACUGGAUGACCAGACACUUCAGCUGUGGGAAAGGACCCAGGAGCACGGUAAGCUGCCUGACUUCAACAAGACCAUGCAAUUCCUGCAGAACGAGUGUCAGGUGUUGGAGCGAUUUCAGAACCGUCAACACCAAGCAUCUUCAACAAAGGAAGGAAGCUUCAGGCCAUCCAACACGAAGUAUACAAGCCAGAAGGUGCACGCUGCAACUCCGACGAGCAAGCCCCAGCGUUGUCUUCUGUGUAACGAGGAUCAUCGCCACUUCGAGUGCCCUAUGUUCAACAAGUGGACAACAACGCAACGUACAGAGAAGGUGAAGGAGUUGAACCUAUGCUUCAACUGCCUAAGUCCAGGACAUCGAUCCGCCAAGUGCCCAUCCAGGAAGACUUGUGCGGAGUGCCAGCGAAGGCACCACACGCUUCUGCAUGAGAUCCCGAGGCCAUCGCCAGAGAAGCUUGCUCAACCGGUACAGCAGGCAAGCACAGCUCCGGUGAACCAACCGGCGUCGCCAUCGCAGUUACCUUCUCGAUCGUCGUCAAACACGGCUGUUCCGAACAACCAACCGUUGGAACAGAAGACGGUGAUGCUCAUGACAGCUCUGGUGAAUUUGCGAGACCUCUGCAACAGGAAGGUACCCUGUCGUGUGCUUCUGGAUUCUGGAUCGCAGAUGAGCUUCAUUUCACGGAGUAUGGCAGAUCGUCUGGCGGUACACCGGGCUCCAACGCUUGUACCAAUUACGGGAGUAGGUGCAGCCAGGACUUGCGCUCAUGAGAAGUUGACAGUGGCAGUCGAAUCCAGGUACACUGACUUCUCAACGAUGGUCGAAUGCUUGGUGAUUCCCAAGGUGACGGGAGUCAUCCCCACGACCCAGCUGGAUAUCUCGAAGUGGCCGAUUCCGACAUCCGUGUUUCUGGCUGAUCCCGAGUUCAAUACGCCUGGCCAAAUCGAUAUGCUGCUUGGCGUAUCCCAUUUCCUCCGACUGCUCAAAUUGGGAAGAAUCCAGCUGCGAGAGGACUUGCCCGACCUCCAGGAGACGCAAUUUGGAUGGGUGGUCGCUGGUGACGUCGAGGAAGAACAGAACGAUCAGCAGUGCUACGUAUCCACAGCCAGCACACUCUCCGAGACCAUGAAAAGGUUUUGGGAAGUCGAAGAAGUCAACGAUGCUGAUCAACCUACGGACCAGGAGGAAUGCGAAAAGAAGUUUCUGGAUACCCACUAUCGAGACGUGGACGGCAGAUAUGUUGUGUCGCUGCCUUUCCGAGAAUAUCCUCCCCAGCUGAAGGACAACCGAGAGUUAGCCCUGCGUCGCUUCUUUUCCCUCGAAAGGCGGAUGAAGAAGGAUCCUGCUCUCAAACUCCAGUACAGCAAGUUCAUCGACGACUACGAAGCCCUGGGACACUGCCGAGAGAUCAUCGAGGAUUGCGAUGCACCGAGUCAACCCAGGUACUACAUGCCCCAUCAUGCGGUACUUCGUCCAUCGAGCUCCAGUACAAAGCUUCGUGUGGUGUUCGAUGCAUCAGCCAAGGCUUCGCCAUCUGACGUUGCUCUCAAUCAAGCUCUUCUGGUGGGAGCAACAGUGCUGAACGACAUCUUCGUGAUCCUCGUUCGCUUCCGGAAGCACUUCGUUGUGUUCACGGCUGAUAUUUCGAAGAUGUAUCGGCAGAUCAAGGUAGUGCCAGCCCAUUCGUGCUUCCAAAGGAUUUUCUGGCGAGAUGAUCCUGCGCAACAACUUCGGGUUCUGGAGUUGACAACGGUGACGUAUGGAACAGCGUGCGCUCCAUUCCUCGCGACAAGGUGUUUGUUGCAGCUGAGUAUCGACGAGGCCGACUCCUUCCCCAUCGCUGCGAACAUCAUCCGAGAAGAUUGCUACGUCGACGACAUCUUAUCCGGAGCUGAUACAGUAGCUGAAGCCAUCGAAUGCCAGACCCAGCUUAUUGGAAUGCUGAAAUCCGCUGGGUUCCCUGUCCAUAAGUGGAGCUCCAACUCUCCGAAGCUACUUGAAUGCAUCCCUGAAUCAGAUCGUGAGGAGUUGGUGAAUCUGACUGACGGCUGCGAAGGAGUCAUGAAAACUCUAGGUUUGACCUGGAGUCCGCAGCGGGAUGAGUUUGCAUUCGUCGCUAACCAUCUUGCUAACGAAUCCAAACCACCGACCAAGCGAUCUGUCCUUUCCGAAAUCAGCAAGCUGUUUGAUCCGAUUGGUCUUCUGUCCCCGGUAAUCAUUAUCGCCAAACUCAUCAUGCAGAGGAUUUGGCUAGCAGGAGUUCCGUGGGAUGCGAAACUGGAAGGCGACUUGUUACAAGAAUGGUUGCAAUUUCGAACUUCUCUUCAGCAAGUAAGUAGCAUCAGAAUUCCUCGGUGUGUCGUAACACCGAACUACAUCGCUGUUGAGGUGCAUGGCUUCUCGGAUGCAUCGAAACUGGCAUAUGGAGCAGCGGUGUAUCUGCGCAGUAUUUUCCCUGACGGAUCCGCAAGUCUAAGCUUGCUGUGCAGCAAAUCGAAGGUGGCUCCUACAAAGCAAGUCACCAUUCCCCGUAUGGAGCUGCUGGGAGCGUUUCUCCUGGCUCGACUGGUUUCCAAGGUCCUCGGAUCGCUCGACUUGAAGGUGGACAAUACCAUUCUCUGGACGGACAGCCAGAUAGUCCUUGCUUGGCUGAAGAAACCACUGACAUCCCUUCAAGUGUUCGUCCGGAAUCGUAUCGGGAAAAUACAUGAGCUCGCCGGCCUGCUGAGUGCGCAAUGGAAGUACAUCUCAACGAAAGAAAAUCCGGCAGACAUCGUGUCACGAGGACAACUACCAGAAGCAUUGCGUACCAACGAUCUGUGGUGGACGGGACCCAAGUUUCUGCAGAGUGUAGAGUACGAGGCGGAGAUCCCAGCAGAUCUGCCUGACGAUGUCAUCCCGGAGAUUAGAGCAACGCCGAUCAUCGCAGCGUUGGCCAUCAACCAAGAUGAGCUGCCUGUGUUUUCGAAGUACAGCUCAUUUCGGAAACUACAGCGUGUGACUGCUCUAGUUCAGCGAUUUAUUCGGAACUGCCGAAUAAAGAACGCCUCACAGCGCGUUACCAGUCAUCGUCCAACGAUUCCAGAGUUACGAGAGUCUCUGGAACUCAUCGUGAAGGUUAUCCAGCAUGAGACGCUAGCGGAUGAAAUUCAUCGCAUGGAGCCGUGCAAGCGGAUCUACGCGCUGCAUCCCAUCUACUGCAACGGAGUUCUGCGAGUCGGAGGGAGACUUCAGCAUUCGAACCUUCCUUUUGCCAGCAAGCAUCAGUUCGUGUUACCAAAGCAUCCGAUCACCGACCUCAUCAUCAAGGCCUACCACGAGGAGCUAAUGCACAUCGGUCCCUCUGGUCUACUGGCGGCCCUUCGUUUGAAGUUUUGGCUGCUAGACGGACGAUCAUCCGUACGGAAGAUUACGAGAUCCUGCGUCCACUGUUUUCGUUCCAGACCAAAGGGUUCCAGCCAACUAAUGGGAAGCCUGCCGUCCUGCCGAGUGACCCAAGCACAUCCAUUCGAAAGGACUGGCGUAGACUACGCAGGUCCGGUACUGGUCAAGGAGGGCCGGUACAAACCACGACUUGUGAAGGCCUACAUUGCCGUAUUUGUUUGCAUGGCAACAAAGGCGGUUCAUCUGGAGUUGGUCUCCGACAUGACCAGCGAGGCCUUCUUAGCAGCAUUCCACCGGUUUACCAGUCGGCGUGGCUUGAGCAAGGAAGUAUAUUCCGAUAAUGGGAGUAACUUCAAGGGUGCCAAAUCGGAACUGCGCGAGCUGUAUCAACUCUUCCGAAACCGCGAAGCUGUUAACCACAUCGAGGAGUAUUGUCAACCGAAGGAAAUCGCCUGGCAUUUCAUCCCUCCCGAAGCACCGAAUUUCGGCGGCCUUUGGGAGGCUGCGGUGAAAAGUGCCAAGUACCAUCUGAAGCGAACUUUGAGAGAUGCCAAGCUGACUUUUGAGGAAUACGCUACGGUAUUAACGCAGGUGGAGGCGAUCCUCAAUUCUCGACCUCUUUUCUCCAUCUCUGCCGACCCGUCUGAUCCAGAAGUGAUAACGCCUGGUCACUUUCUCGUUGGACGUCCUCUCAUCGCCACCCCAGAGCCUACCUACGACGAUGUGCCAUUGAAUCGAUUCUCCCGAUGGCAAUACCUGCAGCAUCUUCGAGAGCAAUUUUGGAGACAGUGGAGGAAGGAUUAUCUACUGAGUCUGCAACCUCGAACGAAGAACCAACGAACGAGUCCGAAUAUUCGUCCUGGAAUGAUCGUUUUGGUUGAGGAGAAAGAUCUGCCAUCUCAAAGCUGGAGACUUGGUAGAAUAACCAACGUGUACCCUGGAUCGGACAAUCUUGUGCGAUCUGUCGACGUGAGGAUUGGCGGAACAACAUACCGACGAGCCAUUUCCAAACUCUCCAUUCUGCCGAUCGAAGACAACUGCAAUCCACAUUGCAGUGCUUCAGAUGACUUCCAGCCCGGGGGUGCAUGUUCGCUACCGACAAGUCUGCCCCGUUUCCGAAAUGACUGUGUAAAUAUUGCGUGCCUGAUGCUAACCUCCACCGCGGCCGCAUUGACCGACUCCAAUGAAGCCGAGAAGGAUGGUCCUUCGUUCUGA